AUUUAAACAUAAAAAAUUUCAUUGUCUUAGGACAAAUAAAUUAUGAUAAUAGUUUAACGUAACAAUAAAAUUGUAAUGCCGUUGUUAAUUACUAACUAUGGACUACUAUUGAUACUAUAAUCUCAACUAUAAUAAAACUAUAAAGUCUCGUCAUAAUUAUACUUUGUCGACGACGACUAUACGUAGUACCUAAUCUAUUGAUUAUUACGAUAUAUUAUCGCUACAUUUCGAGAUGAUACGAUAUCUCUUCGAACGUUCGACUUGUUUAUGAAGCUAUGAAAUAAAAUAACAUAAGAAAAAUCAAAUUUUAUCUAUAGACAUUAUUACGAUGUUAAAAUGUCGAAAAAGUUACAAGAGGAGAUCGAAAUAACGACAAUCUUUCUGAUUUACACGUAAAACGUUUUUCGUUAUUCUUAAGAAUCGAUAAUGCCCGAAAUAAAUUUUAUCUACGAUGUUAUAUUCAGUUCCGUUAAAGAGACACGAGAUAUUUCUACGUAUACUGUCAUCGAGGUGUGAUCGAUCAUCAACAAAAUGGCGUUAAAGAAUAUUCUCUUGAUUUGUGCUAUCUUCAUUGAGAUUUUCGUUCUUAGAGAGGCCAAAAAGGUGUCUAUCAAAGAGUAUCCCUAUCACGUGUCUGUUCAAAAAUUCGGAAAGCACAUAUGCAGUGGUGCUUUGAUAUACGAAUCCUGGAUUUUAACCGCAGCAUCCUGCGUAUUCAACUCGAAGACAUCCGAUGUUAAGAUACGUGUUCGUUCUGAAUCUUUAGUAAGCAAAGGAGAUAAUUUGGAUGUGAGUAACAUCGUUAUCCACAAUAAAUUUGACAAAUAUAUUAAUAUCAACGACAUAGCAUUGAUAAGGUUGAAAAUGCCAGUAAUGUUUGGGCAAAAAUUGCAACCGAUUGGUUUGCCAGAAAAUGCGGAUAUCAUUAAAGAUAAUACCAUAUCUUUCGUUACUGGCUGGCAACGAAAAUCGUUUCAGAAAACAUCUAUUGAACCUGAGUUAUCGGUAAUAAGUGUGAUGACCGUAAAUCAGAAGAGAUGCGCAUCCCUGAUGCCAAGCUACAAACCACUCUCCGAGAAAAUGCUUUGUGCUGGUAACAUGACUAAAGGAGUGGAAACGUGUCAGGGAGAUCUAGGAGCACCUCUCACGGUAGACCAGAUGCUGAUUGGGAUUCUAUCCUAUGGAUUAGGAUGUGAAACUAUGCUACAUCCGGGUGUCUAUACCCGUAUCAGUAAUUACCUUGAGUGGAUUGCAUCGAAUUCGGGUAUCCACUACUAAACUAUUAAUUAAGAAAAUUAGAAAAAUUUAGAAAAUUAGAAAGUAUAUAUCAGAAAUGAUCGCGCAGCCAUCCAUAUUCGAUAACAAUGUCUACCUAAAAUAUUGUAAUCAAUGGAUAUUUAUGUAGUAAUAAAAAUAUACAAAAAUACUUUUCUUACGUUCCGAAACA